UCAACCCUGUAUAACCGGCACAGCUGAAAACAAACUCCACAUUUUGUUGAUCAUUUUGCAUUAUUUUCAAUCAUUUAACGAAAUCCCUUAAAGCAACUAUUUUAAAAUAGAAAAUGACUGCAGUGCCUCCGCCUUCGAAUGUAUCCACAUUGUUACCACUCGAAUUGGUGGACAAAUGCAUAGGCUCUCGCAUACACAUUAUCAUGAAGAAUGAUAAAGAGAUGGUUGGUACCUUGUUGGGGUUUGACGACUUCGUGAAUAUGUUAUUAAAUGAUGUAACGGAAUAUGAAAAUACGCCGGAAGGUCGUCGUAUAACCAAACUCGAUCAAAUACUUCUCAAUGGCAAUAAUAUAACAAUGUUAGUCCCUGGCGGCGAUAUACCGGAGUGAGAGGUUUGAAAUAAAUGAAUCAACUCUUCCCUUAGGAUUUAUUGAGAGCAGGCAAAAAUAUAAUAAAUUUAAAU